CGGCUCCACACAGGCAAUAAAUGGAGCCUUGUGUCCGGUCGUCGGCCUUCUCGAUCAGGCGAGUUAGUGCUGGGAGCCUACAGAGACCUUUUGCCACUUGUGCUGUCGUCGCUGUUUGAUUAUAACUCUCAAGAUGACUCAUCAGUUCCCAUCCCUGUCUCCGGAGCAGAAGAAGGAGCUCUCUGACAUUGCUCAGAGGAUCGUGGCUCCAGGAAAGGGAAUCCUGGCUGCCGAUGAAUCAACAGGCACCAUGGGAAAGCGCCUCCAGAAAAUCAACGUGGAGAACAACGAGGAGAACCGCCGCUGCUUCCGUGACCUUCUCUUCUCCUCUGACCCCUCCAUCUCCAACUGUGUGGGUGGGGUCAUCUUCUUCCACGAGACGCUCUACCAGAAAUCAGACAGCGGCAAGCUUUUCCCCCAAGUCAUCAAGGAUAAGGGCAUUGUUGUCGGCAUCAAGGUGGACAAAGGCACAGCCGGACUAAAUGGAACAGAUGGCGAGACUACCACACAAGGUCUUGAUGGCCUCUCGGAGCGUUGUGCCCAGUAUAAGAAGGAUGGUUGUGACUUUGCCAAGUGGAGGUGUGUGCUGAAGAUCUCAGAUGGCUGCCCAUCAGCUCUUGCCAUCGCAGAGAACGCCAAUGUCCUUGCCAGAUAUGCCAGUAUCUGCCAACAGAAUGGCCUGGUGCCCAUUGUGGAGCCAGAGAUCCUGCCUGAUGGAAGCCAUGACCUCCAGCGCUGCCAGUAUGUCACAGAAAAGGUCCUGGCUGCUGUGUACAAGGCUCUGUCUAAUCACCAUGUGUACCUGGAGGGUACUCUGCUGAAGCCCAACAUGGUCACUGCUGGACACUCCUGCACCACAAAGUACACCCCUCAGCAGGUUGCCAUGGCUACAGUGACUGCUCUGAGGCGCACUGUCCCCGCUGCUGUACCAGGCAUCUGCUUCCUGUCUGGAGGUCAGAGUGAGGAGGAGGCCUCCCUCAACCUGAACGCCAUUAACCAGGUGCCCCUCCAUCGCCCCUGGAAGCUGACCUUCUCUUAUGGCCGUGCACUCCAGGCCUCUGCUCUUGCAGCCUGGCAGGGCAAAGCUGCCAACAAGCCAGCUGCACAGGAAGCUUUCUGCAACAGGGCCAAGAUCAACGGUCUGGCUGCCAAAGGAGAGUACAAGCCCAGUGGCUCAGCUGACCUGGCCUCCAUGCAAUCUCUGUACACAGCCAGCUAUGUCUAUUAAAUACUGUGAACAUUAAAACCCCCUCCAAAAAAUGCCCAUGGACCAAAUAUUAACUACAAGAAAUGGCUCUGCAUUUCUUGUAUUGUCUCUGCUUUUCUUGAACUACUGUUUGUCUACUCAGUGAAAUGACUGAAAAUAAAUUAAGUGACCAAAAUGUUGUUGGUA